AAAUCACAUUUUAGGGCUGUUACUAAAGCAGUUUUAAGAUGUGUUCAUUGUUGAUGACUAUAAAAUCAUGAGUGUCUGGGUGUGCACAGGUUUAUAUCUAUGAUUAAACUAUUGCAUUAUCUUGUGGUGGAAAUUGCGGGAUAUUGCCGUAUAAAGGGUCUGCUGACAGAUUGAUCACUGGUAAUGGCCCCGCUGUCUGAGAACGGAAUUCUUCCCGCCACGCGGCCGCCGGAACUCGGCGUCAAAGAUGCAGCCGAACCCGAGCCGCCCUGUUAUUCCAGCAUCUCUCCGGCUGAAGAAGAGCCAGCAGAACCGCAGGAGGUGGACCCGUGGGAUCUGCCCGAGCUCCGGGACACCGGGGUGAAAUGGUCAGAGUUGGACACGAAGGGGAAAGUUCUUCGGGUUGUGACGUCCAUCGUGCGGCUGGUUCUUCUGCUGGGACUGCUCUACUUGUUCGUCUGCUCUCUGGACGUCCUGAGCUCCGCGUUUCAACUCGUAGGAGGAAAGGCAGCUGGUGAUAUCUUCCAGGAUAAUGCAGUACUUUCCAACCCAGUGGCUGGACUGGUCAUUGGAGUUCUGGUCACUGUCCUGGUUCAGAGCUCCAGCACAUCCUCUUCCAUUGUGGUCAGCAUGGUGUCCUCUGGACUGUUAGAGGUGAAGUCUGCGGUGCCAAUCAUAAUGGGCGCCAAUAUCGGAACUUCUGUGACAAACACCAUUGUUGCUGUGAUGCAGGCAGGAGACCGCAAUGAGUUCCGCAGGGCAUUUGCUGGUGCCACGGUCCAUGACUUCUUUAACUGGCUGUCUGUGCUGGUGUUGUUGCCUCUCGAGGUGGCCUCAGGGUUCCUCUACAGGCUCACAGAUCUCAUCAUCGAUUCCUUUAACAUUCAAACUGGCGCAGACGCUCCAGAUCUGCUGAAGGUCAUCACUGUACCCCUCACCAAGAACAUUAUUCAGCUCGACAGCUCUGUUAUCAGUGGCAUUGCGACUGGUGACCCCGCCGCCCGCAACAAAAGUUUGAUUAAGAUCUGGUGCAAAACGGAAAAAGUGACGAACCUUGUGAAUAUCACAGUCCCUGGAAUCGCAAACUGCACCCCUGACGCUCUCUGCUGGGUGGAGGGCAAUGUGACCUGGACUGAGCAGAACCAGACAGAAACUAUCAACUUGCAAAAAUGCACUCAUAUAUUUGUGAACGCUAAUCUACCUGACCUAGCGGUGGGUUUGAUUUUGUUGGCUCUAUCAUUGCUGGCCCUCUGUACCUGUCUCAUUCUGAUCGUCAAGUUGCUGAACUCCAUGCUAAAGGGUCAGGUGGCGGUCGUCAUCAAAAAGGUGCUCAACACAGAUUUCCCCUUCCCCUUCGCCUGGGUGACGGGAUACCUGGCCAUGCUUGUUGGAGCCGGAAUGACCUUCAUUGUUCAGAGCAGCUCUGUCUUCACAUCGGCCAUCACCCCACUAGUUGGUAUUGGCGUAAUUAGCAUUGAGAGGGCUUAUCCACUUACACUGGGAUCCAACAUUGGUACAACAACAACUGCCCUUCUUGCUGCUUUGGCCAGUCCAGGAGAAACGCUGGCUAACUCAUUACAGAUUUCUCUCUGUCAUUUCUUCUUCAACAUCUGUGGUAUUUUACUGUGGUACCCCAUCCCCUUCACCCGCAUCCCUAUCCGAUUGGCCAAAGCUCUGGGUAACCGCACAGCCAAAUACCGCUGGUUUGCGGCGCUUUACCUCUUCUUGUGCUUCUUCCUCCUGCCACUUUUGGUUCUGGGCUUGUCCAUCGCGGGCUGGCAGGUGUUGGUGGGGGUCGGGGUGCCUGUGGUGGUCUUCCUGGUUUUUGUGAUAGUGGUGAACAUCAUGCAGAAGCGCUGCCCGAGAUUCUUGCCCUCUGUCCUCCGCAGCUGGAACUUCCUGCCCAAACCGCUGCACUCCCUCAAACCUUGGGACAGACAGGUUACUGCGGCAAUGACCUUCUGCAGAAUGCGCUGUUGUUGCUGCUGCAAGUGUUGCAAGAAGGAAGAAGAUGAUGAAGAGGAGACAAAUAAGAAGCUUAGAAGUUUAGAGAUGUUCGACAAUCCAGCACUCACUAUAGAAGAUGAGAAUGACCAGGCGAAAGCGACACAUUUAUAAUGUGUAAUGGACUGUUUUUAUUAAUGUAAUACAUUAUGUGUUUCUAAUAACAUGCUACAAGUGAUCACACAGAAAGGCGCUUUGCGGGUUUAAGCAGAAUUUCUAGAGUAUCGUGGUAAAAUGAGAAUUAGCAUUUAGGAAAUAGAUAGACUGGAUUAUUUAAUUACAGUAUAAGUGGAAACUGCUAGACUAUGUUGCUAAAUGUUUGAGGACACACAAAUACUACACCACUAUGUGCUUGUUAAGAAUUAUUUUCAAAACCAUGGCCAAUAAUAGGGAGUUAGGCUUGUCUUUGCUGUCAUAACAGAUUCCACUAUUCUGGGAAAGCUUUCGAAUUGAUGUUGGGACAUGGCUUCUUGCAUUUGCUCCCAUUUAGACACAAGAGCAUCAGCGAGAUCAGGCAGUGAUGUUGUGGGGCCUGGCUUGUACUCACAUAGUGUUUAUCACUAUAAGUCAGUUGUGCUGGUGCUUUUAAACUUUUAUAAUUGUUCAGUGUUUGUGGCAGAAAUUUGCUUAUAUUUUGAAAUGUUUGUAAUUAGGGCGGUAGGUUAGCCUAAGGUGGUAAGCUGAUCUCCCAACCCAGCUAAAAUGGACAGGAUUUUUACUGGUUUUAGGCAAACACCAGAUUGGCUUUGCUGGAAGACUACACCAGUUCAGUCAAGACAACUCUCAAAUAUAUAUUUAUUUAUUAUUAUUAUGUUUUUGUAUUAUAAUGCAUAUAACAAAUUGGAAGGUUUGAUCUUGGCGGACUAGUUGCUUACACUGCUGCUCCAGAGAAGUACAAAAACUUGCUACUGCUAGAACACACACAGAUAUGCUGCUGCUGCUGCGCAAUUAGACACAUUCAAUCUCCUUUGAGCAGAUUUAAACAAGUGGUGCUGGGGAGGAGGAGGGUUUCAGAGAGAAAACUCUCAUAAAAUGUUGCUGUGACCAGCUAUCUGCAAAUAAAUGAGGCUACUUAAAUGCUAGACAAAGAGAGAGGAGCCUAGUUGAUUGGCUAACAGAUUACAUAUCAAAGGACCUAUCAUACUGGGCCAUGAAAUAUGCGAGUCGAUUGGCUAACACAGUGAUUCUCAAACUUGUGCUGGAGGCCCCCCAACACUACAUAUUUUGGAUGUCUCCUUAAUCAAACACACCUGAUUCUACUCAUUAGUGGCGACUCCAAGACUUAAAUUGGGUAUGUCAGAAAAGGGGCGACAUAUAAAAUGUGCAGUGUUGGGGGGACUACAGGACCAGAUUGAGAAGCACUGGGCUAACAGAUUACAUAUUCAGAAAACCUAUCAGCUUGCGCUGUGUAGAGUUUUGUGACUAUUUUGACCAGGCUGGGAGACCAGCUAAGACCACCUAACCACUUUAGGCAGGUUUAAAUUGUUUUUUUUUUCAACAGGGUAAUAAUGUUUUGCGCAUUCUUUACAGCAAAAAUGCACAAAAAUGUUGAAUGUCAUGUGGAACUAUUUAAAAGUGUAUAUGUUUGUAGAUAUCUGAACAUAAAAUUUAUGAAUUUCUAAA